CUCAAUGCGCGUCGCCGCGUCAAUGUUAAAAGCACGACGUCAGUGACGUCCAUGUGACGUCCAUGGAUCAAUGCUGCAGGUUCGGAAGGAGGUGCAUGCGAUGCUGUUGCCUGUGCCGAUGGCGCAGCUGCGGUAGACUUCCCUCGCUGGGAGGACUUGAUGGAGAUGGAAAUGAGCUGGCAGAGGUCAUGUUGCAAGCCACAGCUGUUAUGGAUCCCGGCCGUUUGCCAUCCUGGAGGGAGUCUGGUGAUUUUCUUCCAGGCUGGUGCCAUCCAGAGGUCGCACCCUUGGUGAAGGCCACUUGUCCAGGUCCUGAGAGAGUGGCUCAACUGCAAGCUGAACAGGACCACUCUGGCCCGUGGCUACCUGGCGCCAAUGAAGAAGUGGUUCUCAGAACAAAGCAGGAGGUUGGUUUGCCUGCUGAACCUGACGGGCUACAUUCGAUGGAGGCAGCAAAGAUUCUGUCCAUCCUCGAGCCAGAGCAGUGGUCCUCAAGCUACAUGCGUGAAGAGGAGGGGCAUACUGAAGGCAGUAUUGUCUCAUCAAGUGCAGAAGCAAAGUAGUUCUUUGGCUCUUAGCCCUGCCUGCGCUAUGCCGACUGGGAAGAGUGAUGCAGAACGAGCUUGUGAGCUGACUGCAGGCAGACAAGAGACACCUUACUCCUGAAAUCUUUCCAAUUUCGGUAAGGCAAGAAAAUGC